UACCUCAUUCCCUUCUAUCCAAGGCUCUCACUUAUUUUCUAGUCCACUGUCUCUCUUUCCUUCCCAUUCUAUAUUGAGUAGUUUUCUGAAGCUGUUCUUCUAUGCAUCAGAUCAAAGUUGUUAUCUAAUUAAACAUUUAGGCUGAAUUUGGGAAAAUAUGGCUUUGAUAGAAAUCACAUCUAUUUAAGUUUGAGUUGUUAUUUUCUCCCUCUUAGCUGUUGAGCUCUAUAGAUGUGAGGUUGGCUAUAGUAACAUUCCUCUCAAGGUGUUUCCACAGAGAAGGGAAAAGUAGGCUAGGUAGACAAAGAAAUAGAGUAAGGGGGCGGAACCAAAUACCUCUGGCUUUUAAACCGCUGUGUUCCAACCAACAGAGAACGGGGUCCGAGGCUAUUUUAGCUGAAAUGAAAUGCAUUUUUAAUCAAAUACAUUCGUUUUGGGUUUUACAAGAGGCUGCUUUUGAUCUCAUCCAGAGCUCGUAAACUUUCUUAGGGGACGGUAUUGCUUUUUACCCCAGUCUAUUCGCGUCAAGCAGACGUCACCAACCCCUUUUUUGGAGAGUUGGUGCGCUCCUUACCUCAACCCCAUCUGGAUGGAAAUCUGUUGUACCCCGAAGUCCCGAGUCAUUUCUGGAACUUUGGACUGGGCUGAAGGAGGAUAAGAACGCGAUGGUAAUUGUUCAGACAUAGAGAAAGAACCGAAAAUACUGCAGUUGUAUUCACUGAAUGGGACUCAGUAAAAAGGGGGAAAUUAACUUCAUGACCUACGAUCAAAUUUGAAAAGGCUACCUUGACGUCAACAAGGGCCCUGCAAAACCGCUGUGAUCCACUCAACACAUCCAAGCAGCAGACCAGAAGAUUGAGCCCCCCCCAAAUCCAAUGACCUAGAUUGGAAGAUUGUUUUUUUGUGUCAGUCAGUGUGCUCAUGGCCAGUGUCCCACACAUGGUAUUUGGUAGUUAUAGGGGUCAUUACCUCACCUCCUCUCCCCCUCCAGCAGCCUCCAUGUUACUCUCUGUGUCUGGGUAAAUCCUACUUCUUCCGCUUCAACCAUCCAGAAGAGGCCAGCCGUAUGAAGAGCAUGCUGCCCCAGAAGAGCCCUGUCUCUCCUCUGGCCUACAGCACAGACUAUCUGAAGUUCAGUAGUGACUACAGCCAUGGGGUGGUGGGAGGGGCCGGCAGUGCAAGAGGGAUGCGUUCUGCCUCAGAGCUCCGUGAUUUGAUGGACACCUUACAACGAAAGAAGAUCGCCCUGGAGACCAGCCUGAGAGCCAAUGGGGACUCUAGCCCCUCCUACUUCAGUAUGACACAGUCUCCACCCACCACGCCUGUGACCUCACCCACCUCGAUGUCGUCAGCCUAUCAAGAGCAGGCUAGGCGUUUCUAUGGCUCUGAUCGCCCGCCCCUCUCCGUCAAAGCCGCCGCCCCUCCCUCCCCCUCUCGGCGCUCUGACCCCCCUUCCUCCCGACCCUCCAUAACCCGGAACCAAUCCUAUCAAUCACAGGACAGCCUGCUGGCCUCCCCUGGCGACGGGCGACGCCAACUAAACCCAAACUCCUCCCCCCUGUUGUCGAUGUGGAAUGGGGGAGGUUCCUCUAACUCAGUGGCCGGUGGUGAGAGCCUCUCCUCUCCUCCUCCACGCUCAUCCCUCUCUCCAACCAGUGGAGCAGCCAGCGUGCCCUCCAGCCCACGCCUGGGACGCCGAAGUCACGGCAACCAUGAGCCGACACCUAGCAACCGAACCAGGAAGUACUCUGCAGGAUCGAUAGGCGGCAUGAUGGGAAGUCACAGCCUCUCUCUGCCCCGCCUCUGCCCGUCAUCGUCGUCACGUUCCCAUGAUAGUGGAGCCUUGGUGCUCUCUACCCUCCCCCCAACCUCGCGGCGCUCUGAACCUCUACGCAACUCUUCUCACAACAAUAGCCAAAACCACACCACAAUCAGUAACUACAACCAUAACCAAACCACUAACUUUAACUACAGCCAGGCCCAAAACAUGAACCACAAGGGGAACCAAGGUGAGGGGGUGGUAUCCAUCUCCCUCUCCUCCCCAAAGUCUGCCACCCAGGCCCCUCCAGACGUGACUGUCCCGUUCCGAUCAGGGGGCUCCUCCAGUCCCCGCGUGGCCAAGAAACUCAGCCUCACCUCCACCAGCUCCACAUCCAGCCUCCAGGAGCCAGAGUGGCCAGCCAACUGCGGAGUCUCCCCUGGACCAGAGCUUUUUUUCGGGGAGAGGGAGCACAGGGGUGGCAGUCUGGAGCCUGGUCUAGGGUUAGGGGAACGGAGACAGUCCUUUGGGAAGGGUGGGCUUGAACCAGGGUUUGGUCUGGGGGAGAGAAGACAGUCCUUUGGAAAGGGAGGGGUGGGGCUGGGGGUGGGGGUGACCCCACCGGGAGGGUUCAGGGCGAGGAGUGGUAGUAUCAGCUCCCUGAGUGGGAAGGAAGAACUGACUGACUACCAUCAUCGCCAGCGAGAUGAGAGACUACGAGAACAGGAGGUGGAGAGACUGGAACGCCAGCGGCUGGAAACCAUUCUGUCUCUGUGUUCAGAGCUGGGUCGAUCGGAGCAGGACAGGGAGAGGGGUGUUGGUUCCAGUGUCGAUACCGGUGCUGGUCUAGCCGACCUUCAGAAGAUCAACCGGGAACUAGAGAAACUCCAGGUCUCUGACGAUGAUGAGUCAGAAUCCGUCUUCUCCGACUCAACCGUUAACGGAAAUGGGGCUGGUAGCGGCUCGGAGAACGGUUACUAUGGUAACGACGAGGAGCGUCCAGUCCGACAGCGACGGAGCAGCGGCCACCGUGACAACAGGGCGGAAUCGCCGGCCAUCAGCCUACGAAGCUCCACCACCUCGCCCACCGCGCGCCUGCCGAGGACCAAUCGGGCGCUGGUGGAGGAGGGCCAGCGGAGGCAGGAAGUGACCCGUGUGGAGGAGGAAAGGAUCCAGGUGCUGAACAACAUGGAGGAGCUAGAACAGAAGAUCAAAGAACUGGACAACCAGAUGGACGAGUCUCUCAGAGAGGUGGAGGUGGAGCGGGCCCUGGUGGAGGCAGAGCAGCAGGCGGAGCUAGCAGCCUUGCAGCAGGAGAGAGAUGCUCUGGAGACACUCAACACCAAGAUGUCUGACAUGGAACAACAGGCACAGAACCAGAAGACUCCGGCGUGUGUGUCGCUGGAGGCUGAGAGGGCUAGGGUAGAGCAGCUGUCUCAGAGUGUGUGUGAGCUGCGCUCCCAGCUCCACUGCUGUCCUGAGGCCAUGAAGGAGCCCCUACAGGAGCAGCUCGCCAGGAACUCAGAGGUGCUGGAAGCUGAGACGAAGCGUUUUGAGGACCUGGAGUUUCAGCAGCUGGAGAGAGAGAGUCGUCAUGAUGAGGAGAAGGAGGAAAACACACAACAACUCCUCAGAGAGAUAGCUGACUACCAACGGAGCACCAUCACACGCAAGGAGAGGCUGGUGGCCCUAAAUAAGCAGGCAGGACAGAUUACCCAGCAGGCUCAGCGAGAGAAGGACAGCUUCCUGAAGGAGAGGACCAACCUGCAGAUGAUGCUGCAGAGGGAGAAAGAUAACCUUGCUUCUGUGGAAAGGAAGUAUGCUGACCUCACAGGUGGGCGGGGCUUCCCUCUCAGCCCUAUCAGUCUCAAGGGGGAUAUGGCGUCGUUGGCUGACGUGUGUCGAUCUCCUAGCGACCAGUCCUGUGACCACGCCUCUUCCUCUCUGUCUUCUCUUAUCCUUCCUGCUGACGUGCUGGUCCUAUCCUCCCUCCUUUCUUCUCUUUCCAUAAAGAGCGCUGAGGGCUAUGUAACAGUCAGUGAGAUCAAUGAAAUUUACUCCCAGCUGGGGGGGAACCCUAGUCCCGCCCCUGCCCCUGUUCUGGCCAAUCCCUCCCCUGAUUCUGAGCCUAGCCCCCCCACUGACGACAGCGCCCAAAAACCAGCGGAGGACGAGCUCUGUCACUCCUCUCCUGUCGAUUGUCCUUCCUCCUCUUCCUCCCAUCCCCUGUUGCCCCGCCGCCCCCCUCUCACCAAAACCCCCUCGGUUCAUUGGCCGGAGGACAUGGUGACCUAUCGUGACCCCUCUCCCCUCCCUGACUCCCCUCCUCCUCCUCUGCCUGUCAAAAAACACCGCCACAACAGGCAGCACUUCCAUUCACUGGAGGAAAGAAAGAGGUUAGUGAAAGAAGGUGGGGCCCACCUGAGUGACACAUUACCCAGGAAGAAGACCACGUCCAUUGUCACCCCUCAGUUCAACUGCGCUACACUAGGACGCAGCAUGCCUAACAAGUCCCAUCAGCCCCUGGUCCAGAGUUCUAGCUGUGGCAGUAUUCUACCCCGGGCCAUGUCUGUUUCCUCCAAUAGAGACACAGAUAAACGGCGCCUGCACAAGGGUCAGCCGAGCUCUCGGGCCGCCUCCCAGUCCAACGUGUACCUGGACUCCUACGGUUACUGUGAUAACGGCCAGGCAUACGACACCAUGAGCGUGGACAGCUCUGACUCAAUGGAGACCAGCAUCUCUGCCUGUUCCCCCGACAACGUCUCCUGUGCCAGUAUGUCUAACGUGACCAAACUGGAGGAAAUGGAGCGUCUGCUGAGACAGGCUCAGGCAGAGAAGAAUCGCCUCAUAGAACACAAGGAGCAAGAGAUGGAGUCACGCAAACAGGCUCUGGAGGAGGAGAGGAGGAGGAGGGAGGAUCUGGAGAAACGACUGCAGGAGGAGACCAACAGACGACAGAAACUCAUCGACAGGGAGGUGAAACUACGGGAGAAACAGAGAGCACAGUCCCGUCCUCUGACGCGCUACCUGCCAGUUCGUAAGGAUGACUUUGACCUAAAAGCCCAUAUAGAGUCAGCGGGCCACAGUGCUGACACCUGUUUCCACCUGUCCCUCACGGAGAAGACGUGCCGAGGAUUCCUGGUCAAGAUGGGGGGAAAGAUCAAGACCUGGAAAAAACGCUGGUUCGUCUUUGACCGCAACCGAAGAACGCUUUCCUACUUCUCAGACAAGCAUGAGGCCAAGCUGAAAGGGGUCAUCUACUUCCAAGCAAUAGAGGAAGUUUACUACGACCACUUAAAGAACGCACACAAGAGUCCUAACCCAUGUCUGACGUUCAGUGUGAAGACUCAUGACAGGGUCUAUUACAUGGUGGCCCCCUCUCCUGAGGCCAUGAGGAUCUGGAUGGAUGUCAUUGUCACUGGGGCCGAGGGAUAUACUCAGUUCAUGGUGUAGAAGGCGCGAUAUGGCCAAUGGCGGAGGGAUACACUCAGUUCAUGGUGUAGAAGGCGUGAUAUGGCCAUGGCGGAGGGAUACACCCACUUUAUGGUGUAGGAGACUUAAUCUGUACGCGUCGGAGGGAUACACUCAGUUCAUGGUGUGAAGAGGGGUGCUUCGGAGUGGAAGGAUACAGCCAGUGUGUGGUUACAACGACAGGACUAGCUCCUCUCUCUUCUCUGUGACACAGAUGGACUUUUUAUUUCUGUAUUUUAUUAUUAUAAAAAUGUCCAAGGACGUGUUCUCCAACAGUGUGCCUUAACUCUCACAGUAGCUCUGCUGGGAUUGGCCAGUGUUUUUAUGCAUCAUUAGUAAACAACCAAACAGAAUGGUCAUUUAAAUUCCUGGUUGUGUAGGGUCAAAUGAUCAGGGGGCAAGUUACUGAUAUUUACUCAUCCCCAAAGACCUCAGGUCUCGUGUGUGUGUGUGUGUGUGUGUGUGUGUGUGUGUGUGUGUGUGUGUGUGUGUGUGUGUGUGUGUGUGUGUGUGUGUGUGUGUGUGUGUGUGUGUGUGUGUGUGUGUGUGUGUGUGUGUGUGUGUGUGUGUGUGUGUUACAUUGUGAUCACAUAACCCAGAGGUGCUAAUCUUUUUGUAUGGUGUCUUUUCUCAUGAGGCCAAUGUCCUCCAUUGUGUCUUCCAGUGUAGCCAAAGGUCAAGUCAUCUGUGGUAAAAUACAAUACCCAAGGCUUCUACCUGGGGAAUAGGUUGUCAUUGAGAUGCAGCCUUAUACAUGUCAGUGGUAUAAUAAAUACAGGAUCAUAUAGGUUAACCCUCACAGAUUAUAAUCAUGCUGGUCAAGCUUUCGCUGCGUAUGUUAACGUUGACUAACCAGAUAGCUAUAUGUGAGUUGUAUUAAUCAAAUGCCUUGUUUCAUGUUUAAUGGUGAGCAGCCUUGGCAUAUAGGCUUACUGUAUGUUAGUGCUCAGUCAUGAUGCUUUUCCUUCCCACCAUCAUAUACAUCUAGUUAUUCCCUCUCUUCAGUAGAGGGUGACAGCGGAACAGUCUGAGGGACAGAGAAUGACCCCUAAACCAUCCCAACUUGACCCUAGCACCUUAUGCAGUGAGUGUAGGACAGGUGUAAGCAAAUCCAAUCCAUUUUUUGUCACUUGCUUCAUAAACAACAGGUGAAGACUAACAGUGAAAUGCUUACUUAAAUUACAAAAUUCCACCCUGCCCAUUGUUUCUACUGUAUCCUUUCAGAUAUGAAGUAUCCGGGGUCGGGCUAGCCAGGGGUUUGAUUCAUUAUCGGGCAUUAAUGUGCUUUUUAACCAUUAUAUAUAUAUAUAUAUAUAUAUAUUUUUUUUUAAAUGGCUGUUUUUUUUAAUCAUGUAGCUAUAUCAUACUGUAUUUAUGCUAUUGAUUAUCAAUGCAUGUAUCUUUAUUUCUGCAUACAGAAAAAGCAAGAACACAUAUUAAAGCAAGAGCAUAUUGUCACUUGAAAA